GCAGUUUGGUGAAGGGAGGGUGGGGUCAGGUAGAAGCAAAUGCACUGAGCCAACAGGAAUCAGCUAUUUACCUGCUGCAAAGGUGAGACUCAGCUUUCUAUUCCUGCUGCGUACAAUCUACAGGGACUCGGCUCGUUUGUUUCUGCCACCUACCCGGACUGCCUUGGAAACAUGUAUCGCUGCUAGAAUAUUUCUAUUCCAAACAAGGACUAAUAACUACCAAAAUGAAGAAGAACACUUCCAUGCAGGGGACUCUUAAUAAGCUUUUUGGAAAGAAAAACAGUAGUCAAAAUUCACUGUAUGCGGAGAAUCCACCAUGGAUGAAGCCUCAGGGAGUCAAGAAGACAUCCGUUGACUACCAAGAAGAUAUACACAAUUCAUUUUCAUUUCUGGAUGACUCUGGGACUGCAACACUGAAAGCUCGACCAGGUCCCCGUGCCAGGCCUGUACUUCAAUUCUCAACCAGUAACACAGAUACUCAAGGACUUGCUGUACCUACUCCUUCUGUCCCAGCAGGGUAUUCUGACAAUCUUUCUAUAGGUAAUGGACCAAAGCUGAAUGGCAACUACAGAAUGUAUAGUUCUGUUGGGGAUCUGCGGUUAACUAAUAAUUAUUAUGAAUAUUAUGAUGAGGAAAUUCCUGCACCACCUUCUAUGCCACCUCCUCCACCACCUUCUAUGCCCCCUCCCCCACCACCUAUAAUGAUUCCUGCUGCUCCAGCACAAGAAAGUCCGCCUUCAUUCGCUCCAGUGUCCCCAAGUUUACCAGACUUCAUACCACCCAUGCCACAUACUUCUGCAACAACCAUACCUAAUUUUGAGCCUUCAACAGACACUUCCACAGCACCAAAAGUUUCUGAACAACGUCAAACUGAUAAUGUUUCCAAAUGGAAAUCGGAAGGAUCAAAGAAUAUGCCUAUGACCUUGCCCAACAAGUUUUCUUUAAACGGUGCUGGUUUUCAGCACAGUCAAGGACAGACAACUAAAUAUAUGGAUCCCCAUUCAUCUUUGCCAAAGACCUUUAAAGUCCCUCCUCCUGCCCCAAUGAGGAUUUCAUCAAUACAGUUACAUGAAUCUCAGAAUAUAAGCUACUCUACAGAACCUCCACAAUCGCCUGUACCUUCUAGUUUCAAUCCUAGUGUACAAGCCAAACUUUUCUUGACCUCAAAUCAAGGGCAGAAAUCUUUGAAUGAUACAUUAAAUAAAAGAAAGUCAAUGCUUAUUAUGGAUGAUCUACAGGAUCUGUCUCAAAUGGAUGGUACAAUUCAAAGAAAUGACAGCAUAACAGAUUCUACAGCUUCUGGGUCUUUGUCCCUAAAGUCCACCAUGAAUACAAAGUCACAUAUUGAACUAGAUAAUGAACGUAAGACUGUUGGUGAUGACAGAUGGAAAUCCGAGCUUGGAUUUAUUGAUGAUGUCCAGAAGCCGUAUAACAAAAUGUAUACAAAUGGCAGUGACUUGUCAGGGGUUUCUGAAAAAAUUAAGGAGGGAUCAAAACGUCCUCUGAGCAGUAUUGAAUUUAAUAAAAUGGCAUUUAAUAAAGAUGGAUAUUUAGCAAAGGAACGUAAAGAUACAAAAUUUCCUGUAGAGGUUCUCUCUGUGAAACCUAUUGUAACAGACAUGUCAUCAAAUACUAACGUACAGCUCAAACAGAAUUCCUUAACAAGAGAUUUAGGAGAAAUGGAAAACAAAAUAAAGAUGGAUAAAGAGGCUCCUCCCACACCACCCUUUAUGCCCCCUCCACCACCUCCACCUAUGACACCACCCAAACCUCCUGCCAUGCCACCACCUCCACCACCAUCACAUGUCACAAUUACACCACAAAAGACCUCUCCUAUACCUAAUUUUGUUGCUCCACCACCUGCUCCACCUCUUGUGGCCUCUAUGCCACCAGUACCUCAGGCAUCACCAUUGCAUCCUCCAAAACCAAAGACAAUUUCAGCUUCUUCUACAUCACAAGUAAGUAUUCCUCCACCAGCACCACCAAAAGCUCCACCAGCACCUCCACCUUUGCCAAGUCAAACUGGUACAUCCACCACAGAGCCACAGUUGCCUUUACUUAAGGCACUUCAAGAAAAACAGCAAACACUGAAACAAAUCUCUAAAAAGCCCAUAGACAUUAGACCUGCUCAGAUAUCUUCUGUUGAAAUAACUAGCGAUGAUAAACAAAAGGUCAGAGUUGGUAAAAUUAAGGGUGAGUUAGAAGCUCUCUUCUCUCCAAAGAAAGAUGAAAAAUUAAGAGAUCUUAAAAAGAGUCCGAAUGAAAAUACACUUGUAAAUUCUUUAAUGAUGAAAGUACCUCACAUACCAUCUGUAUCUAAUAAGGAAAAUGCUGAUGGAGACACAUCAGACUGGAUACCUAAAAGCAACAACACAAAUUUUCAUAUUCCUGAACCAGACUAUUUGCCCAUCACGCCCACUCAAACAAUGAAGAAACCAACCUAUCCAGCUGUGCAAAAUAUUUCACAACCCAUAUUUGAAGGCUCUUCUUCAAAACCAGCUUUCUCACAAAAAGCCACAGAUGUAGUAAGUACAAAAAUGAAUGUUAUUCCAGCCUACAAGCCUCACCACGAGAGGAAUGCAUCAUCUGGAAGCUUGAGCUUGGACAAAUUAUCACUUGCAGUUUCGGAAACGGCAGUAGGGAGCUUAAAAAAAGAUGAUGUUCCAUAUCAUGCAACGUCUCUCAUAAUACCAGGGGAAGGUAUUAUUAAACAUCCAGCAACUUCAUUUAAAUCAGAAUAUCCCAUAAAGCAAGAGGAAGGUAUAAAUAAUCAUCCAUCAACUUCAUUGAAUUCAGAAUCUUUCAUGCAACAAGAAGGUGGUAUAAAUAAACAUCCUGUCACUGGUGAGCAGGUUGAAGCCAAUUCUCCAAUGGCUUUGCUCCUGGCUGCAAAGAAGCGGGCCCAAAAAGGUAAUCGUUCUAUGCCUCCAGAAAGCAGUAACAUGCCUAAAAUUUCUGUUUCAAGUCCUUUAACCUCUCAGUAUAAUGAUGUCAAAGCAAAUACAUUUGUUGUUGUUCCCAAGAAAGAAAACGGGGGACAGUUUAAUGAAGAGGAAGUAACCAGUUUUAGUUCUAAAUCAAGUAGUAAUUUAGGUAAUGUUGCAAGAUGGGCAGAUAAAGAUUUUCCAUCAUCUAGUGUAAAUAUUUUGGGAUUAAAUUCACAAAAGGCAGAUGAUGAAAAGACCAGCUGGAUGCAUGGUGAGGAAAAAACUGUUAGACAGGUUCCUAUGGACAGAAAUGAAGACUUCUGGAAUGUCAAGUCUUCUGUCAUUGAAAACCACAACUCACCCAACAGGUCAAAUUUUAUGGAUGCAUACACAGUCAAUAUAUCCUCUGUCCCUUCACCUGUCCCAGCUUCAAAGACCUAUGAGGACCGUGAUUAUGGAAUAAUACCACCUCCAGCAGAAUUCAUGAACACUCCACCAUCCACACAAAUUGACUGGAAUCGGAAGGAUAGAGUAUAUGAUGGCAACAAAUCAAAAUUGGAUUUGGGAUCCCAUUAUGACUGGAAUAAUGAAAGUAAUCAGUCUUUGGGGUCUCGGAGACUCUCAUAUAAUAGUGACUAUAACAAACCCACAACUGAUAAUUACACUACAGGAAUCAGCAGAGAUCCACAAAAAGGUUCCCUAAUUAAGAAACGACUCUAUAUGCCGGCUCCAGAAAGCUCAGGGAGCUAUGGAAAAAAUACACACUCUCUAAGGUCAUCGGCUUUGCCAGGGUCUUAUAGUCAUAUGUAUACCCAGUCUAGCUCCAGCAUGAAUCCGGAAUCACGACGCUCUGGCAAUCCUUCAAGAUAUAUGUCACAGGGAAGGAGACUGUCUUCUGAAAACAUGGUACAGAAUUUGACUGAUAUGAAAUACAGAUCUCAAAACCCUGACUAUGGGAAAUCAACGAGUAGAUCACAAAGUACCUACCAGCAGGGUAUGACUUUCACUGUGAGGCCAGGCACCAGGCAGCCAAUUUCUCAGAUGUAUCAAGGAGGCUACCUCUGAAGGCAUCCUGAAUACCAACAGCCUACAGUUUUGCCUAUAGGCAGAUACAAACAAACCUGAAGAAGCUGCUUGUAACUUUGACCUGACGACAAAAUACGCAAUUUCACACGCUAGUUUGCUAGUACUUCUUAUGCUAGACUUUUAGUCAUCUUUACACAUGUGCAGAAAGGGUAUUUAUAUAACGUGCUACUUGAAUGAUCUAGAUAUAUACUCAGUUUCGACCCCAGUUGGCAUUUUUAGGUGGUGAAAGUGUAGCUAUCUAUAGCAUCCAAUGAAAUCUCUGUAUACUGUGGUCAAAAAUUUUAAACCGUUUCUAUGGGUUGCUGCACUUUGCACUUAUUAAAUAGGGCUAUAUAUGUCAGCAGUGCACUUGAAGCAAAUAACCUCUACUUUGCACUUCACCCUCUUGGCCUUUGGGGUUGACGUAUUCUGUAUCGUGUUUGCAGAAAAAAAUACUUUUGAGCAGUUCUAACUUUUUGGAACUAACCAUACAAAGUUUAUUUUAUAUAUAUGUUUUUAUCUGAGAAUUUCUUAGAACUUUGUUAUACUUUCCCUUUAAAUUCUUUUUUUAAUGUUGUUCUUUUACUCGUUAUUAUGGUCAUAUAUUUGGCUGUACUUGCUUGUCAUGAGGUUUAUAUACAAAUUUUAUUUUAUGAUAUAUCUAUUAUAAAGAUAAUGUCUACUAUGUAAAAAUGAUGUACAUAAUAUUAUAAUAGGAGAUCCUUACAAGGAUAUCUGGCAACAAGCACUUUUUGAAUGUAUAUUCAAUGUAAAUAUAUAUAUAUAAAUAUAUAUGUCAGGUGUUCUUUUAUGUGCAUUUGUUUAUAGAUAUUCAGCAUUGACCAUUUUGGUUUUGCUUUUAAAGAGGAUGCGUGAUGCUUUUGCAUGUUCUUUCCUCAAUGUUCUUUUACAGCAAUAAAAUAUUUUAUGCAACAGGUAA